GGGAACAGGGGGUCCUCAGAGGGUGGCUUUGGGCACUAUCAGAAGAACACAGACUUGCCCCAGCUGUCUGGGCCUAGGUGGAUGCUAAAGGAGACAUCAAAGCAAAUUAAUUACUUAAAUGACUUACUUUUUUUUGAGCCAUGACUUCUGUGCCAGCCUGAGAUUCCUCUGGGCUCACCGUGACUUUGAGUGCUGUGUUGGCAGGAAUUGGUGACAUUACGGUGUUGGCAGCAAGUGCCACCCCAAGUCCUCAGUCUCUCUGUGGGGAAGCCGUGGUCUUCCCUCCCAGUUCUUGGACACCCACCUAAUUAGAGUCCAGCCAGAUCCCAGUAAAAUCCAUGCUCUUUUCUUUCCCCAGCUCAUCGUUGGACACACUCUAUGAGCCAUCCCAGCCCCAGCAGCCCAGAGCACCCGGGUGCCACUCCGUGAUUUACAGCAGGACUUUGUUACCAAGCUGACUUAGCAGUGGCAGCUCUCGCUGUCCUGCCACCACCAGGCCAGACAAUCCCUGCUUGGCUGAAGGUCCCGUUGGCUCUCUUCCCAUAAUGGAAGCCUGAGUGCCAAGAUCCUCCAUGACCUCCAGAAGCCACAACUCCCUGCCGAGAACUCUGAUGGCUCCGCGAAUGCUCUCCGAAGGCGCCCUGGGGGGCAUCGCCCAGAUCACCCCCUCGCUGUACCUGAGCCGGGGCAGCGUCGCCUCCAACCGCCACCUGCUGCUGUCCCGGGGCAUCACCUGCAUCAUCAACGCCACCAUCGAGAUCCCCAACUUCAACUGGCCCCAGUUUGAGUACGUGAAAGUGCCUUUGGCUGACAUGCCCAACGCCCCCAUCUCCCUCUACUUCGACAGCGUGGCCGACAAGAUCCACAGCGUGGCGCGGAAGCACGGGGCCACGCUGGUGCACUGCGCUGCCGGCGUCAGCAGGUCGGCCACGCUCUGCAUCGCCUUCCUCAUGAAGUACCACAAGGUCUCCCUCUUCGAGGCCUACAACUGGGUCAAGUCACGGCGCCCCGUGAUCCGGCCCAACGUGGGCUUCUGGAGGCAGCUGAUAGACUACGAGAGGAAGCUCUUUGGGAAGACCACGGUUAAAAUGGUACAGACACCCUAUGGCAUCAUCCCAGACGUUUACGAGAGAGAGAGGAGACCCCUGAUGCCUUACUGGGGAAUUUAAAGGGACUGCAGACGGGAAGCACAACAGAAGGGACGCGCUGUUCCGUGUCGACCAGACCGGAGACGUUCCCUUCUCCUUCUACAGCCAACAUUGGUUCUUUAGCAUACAGCAGAACCUCAAUUCUCACCUCACUAACCUGCAAGGCCAACGAUUCCCUUCGAAGCAUUUUUCUCUAUGGGGAUUUCCCAUCUGCAUCUCUGAUUUAGCAAGACCAGGUCUCAUUAUAAGUUUAUUCCUUCCAUAAAGCCUCCGUCUUUUUUUUCUUUUUUUAGUCAGUUUAUUAGGAUCCUCCAAGGAAGGGCCCAAGAGGCAUUGGGCAGAGUUGAUGACCCAAGUGCGCUUUGUGCCGCGGUAGUAGCCUGGAUAUUUUGUCAUAGCUUGUUUGCUUCCUUGCAAAACCCUGUAGUGGCUCAGGAGCAGCACUAGCCAGGCCCUGCUCCACAGCAGCAGGUUUUCCAAGCACCAGGGAGGCAGGAAUACAGGGGCUGUGGUGCUAGUGCUGAUGUUUUCUUUAACAUCCGUAGUGACUCUCAGUAUAUAGUGUUUGAGAUCUUUAGUCAGCUCUUAAUCAUAUUCAAAGUUAGGAAAAAAAA